UUUAAUUUCGCAAUGUAUAUGGCCGUGCUCCCAUCUAUCUGCAUCGGUAGUGAUACAUAACCUAUCUGGCUAGUACUUUGCUUUCUAUCGACCAGAAUCAAUCGACUGGUAUGUAGCUACAAUAAUAGCGGGGCUUUUCGCUGAUAAAUAACCUGUCACAGAUAAGAAAGGGAAGGCUGUAAGAAAUGGCACCAACACAGAGAGAACAUGCAGUACCACAAACAAAUAUUGCUCUUUAUCCUCAUUGGCAAUUGAUAUUUGACAAAUAUGAUGAGGACAGUGAUGGGAAAAUAUCACUGUCAGAGCUGAAGCAGAUGAUUCUGAGUGAAUCAUUUACAAAAGACAUCCCAGAACAUACAGUUCGGCAGAUUAUGAAGCGAGCAGAUGAAGAUGCAAAUGGCUAUAUUGACUACCUAGAAUUUAUGAAAAUGAUCAAACAUAAAGAAGUACAAAGUGUCAUGGGGCGUGCAUUGAAUCGCUAUGUUAGAGCAACUGUAGUGCAACGCGCAGUGGGUAUUGAUGAGUUUGAUGGGACUGGUGAUUAUGAAAAUGAAUAUUCCUGCUAUCCACCAGUUGUUUGUAUGAUACUUAUUAGUCUUUUAGAGGUCAUUGCAUUUCUUUGGGAUGUGAUAGCAGAAGGAACAUCGUCUGUCAAUGGUCCUGCUGCAACAUUGUUUGUGUACAACCCUUUCAAGAGAUAUGAAGCUUGGAGAUACUCAACAUAUAUGUUUGUUCAUGUUGGGGUGUUUCAUCUGGUAGUUAAUCUCGUGGUCCAGAUUCUGUUGGGAAUUCCACUCGAGAUGGUACAUGGUUGGUGGCGUGUACUGCUGGUGUAUCUUGCUGGUGUUAUGGCUGGCUCCCUUGGAACAUCAGUGUCUGAUCCUGGAGUAUAUCUGGCUGGUGCAUCGGGUGGCGUGUAUGCACUAAUAGCAGCUCAUAUUGCAAGCAUAUGUUUGAACUGGGCUGAGAUGACAUUUGCAAUAUAUCAGCUUCUGAUAUUCUUUGUCCUGAUUGUGGUAGAUGUUGGUACUGCAGUUUACACAAGAUAUGUUCUACUUGAAGAAAGCCAGAUUGGUUAUGCUGCUCAUCUGGCUGGAGCAGUAGCUGGUCUUCUUGUAGGGAUCAAUGUCCUUCGGAACUUGGAAAUUAAAUCUUGGGAAAGAAAAGUUUGGUGGGCCAGUAUUAUACUGUACACAGCUCUGAUGCUUGCAGCCAUCAUCUGGAAUGCUGCCUUUCCAUCAUAUUUCCCUCCUUCCAAAUAAUCCUUUCAUCUGAAAUAGGGAAACUGUUAAAACAUUACAAGAUUUCUGUUACAAUGUUACUACUGUUCUAUCACCCCUGCCUGUAGCGUCCAUUACGUUUGGUUUACGUUUUGUUUGGUGAGUAGGUAACACUUCAUGUCAGCAGUUAAUGAUUGAAAUGAAUAUACUUUUUAAAGGAGGGAGUAUUUAUAAGAGUACAAAUAUGACGCGAAAGAUUCCUCUCCAUUUUCCACGUGUUUAAAAUGUUAUUUGACAGGUAUUUCAUUGAAACUGAAGAGUAUGGAAACUUCCUCAACUACAUCCUAUUGAUCCCUUUUGCGAUUUAUUUCACUGGUUUUCCAAAAUUCUGUGUCAUUAAAUUUGAUAGGAUGUCAGGUAGUACAUGUCCACAGUUCAGGAUUGUUUGAUGGGUUUAUUAUUUUACCAAGUGCCACAAAUGAAGACCCAGUUUACCAAAUAUUGAGAGUAGCCACAGAAACCUAUGUUUAUAGAAGAAUCUUAUUUUUGUCACAAUAAGAUGAAAUGGAAGCAGCUAGAGAGUAUGAUUUCUGUUCUUAAAAUUAUAAGCAAUUAAACAAAAGAUACUGAAAAUUUGUUUUGUGAAAAUGUUUUGGAUGCUGAGAGUGCUUAAAUUAACAAAUCCAUACAUGAAAGUAUGAAAAUGUUUGUAUAUUCAGAAAUUUGAGUUACAAAAGUGGCUAUCCAAAUGUGAACAUAACAGUUCUUUGUACAUUGAUGACAGAUUAUAGUGCUUCUUCUCAGAAAUUAGUAAAAUGUGCAGCUCUUUGAUUUAAUUUUAAACGUUUCCCACAUUUUAAGUGCUUGAAGUUUUGGAGUGAACUGUAUUAAUUUUAUUAUAUUUUCUCUUGCUCUUCUAAUUUAACAAUUACAUUUUAUAAAGUUAAAAAUUCAGAUAUUAAAUAUUAUGAUAAAUAAAUUUCAUUAAUAGGUAAAAGUUCCAGCCUUUUUCUUUGCACAUCUUAAAGUUUGUUUGACAAACUAUUAUUCAGUUUUCUUACUCAUUACAUGGAAAAUAUUUUGACUUCAUUACUUUUGUAAUUUCCUAUUGGUUUAUUUAUUUUUUUAAUAUGGAAGACACUCCUUUGCAAUCUUCUCAGUUUAUGUAUGAAUGAGAAACUUAGUAAGAAUAAAUUUAUAUGAUUGGGUGAGAAGCAAGCAGAGAGCACUUAGAUUAGAGUAUGAGGUCAGAGAGACAUUUGAAGGAUGUUUGGUUUCCUUAAUUGUCUCUGUGAACCUUAUUUUGUUAUAUAAAUAUUCUUUCAUUUCAUUUCACAAACUAAAUGACAGAUUGACAUUUGUAAGUCAUAAUGUUUAGACCGAAUUUUCUUUUCCUUUGUUUGUUCCUAGGAAUAAGUAAAUAUUGCAAAUAUGCAAAUAAAUACUGUUUUAGUUUUAUACUUUUAGAGUUGUGUAAUUAGUUUGGUGAAAAUGUCACUGGGGGAUCAAACCUACCUACCUCCAACCAAGAAUGCAUACACUGCACCAUUGUACUUAAUGUGUAACAGUUCCUGAGUUAUUAAAAUAACUGAUUUAUUCAUUGGCAGUAGGGACACAUUGAUGGCGAUUCUAAGUGCCUGUUGUUGGCUGUAAUUACAAUAUGUGACAAAUAUGCUUAUGUUUUUAGAGGAAACAUAUAAAAAUGUAAUUUCUAGUAAAGUUGAAGUUUUAUAAGUAUGUUACCCAAAAUCCGUGACAUAGCAGCACAAGUAUGGGAUAAAUGUUGCAUGGUUACACUUUGGGGGAUAUAAAAGCAACAAAUAUGUAGAAUAUGAUGUUCUGACAGUGGUGAUGUUAGAUUGUGGUCUUCUGGGUUGUAGAUCAAAGUGCUGGAGAAAUAAGCUGCUUUUGCCUUCAGGUUUGAAACGUACUUGGUGUAACAGCAGCCCAGAAGAACACAGUGUCAGCAAGAAGUAUGUUUCUGACUGUAAACCAGUUUAUGAAAAUUUUCUUUGUAAUGAAAAUUUGUUCCUUAUUGAAAAUUCUUAUAUUUAGAAUAAUGUGUGAUGGGGUCGAUGAUGUCAACAUGCUGUUGAUAACUGUUUAGUUUCUGAUACUGCUGUAUGAUACUGUAGUGCAUGAAUAAAGACCAGAACAGAAAUGUCAAAUGUCCUACCAUUUGCUAUGGCAGAAGGGAUGAAUCAAGAGACAUGUUGCUUCUCCUUGCCUUGAUCGUAGGACCAAGAGAAUUUUGGUUCAUUUACAAGACUCAGGGCUCCGCAAAAUAAAUAUUUCACUGAUACUUUUAAAUAAACAUUUCACAAAAAAAAACUUGGUUACAUAAAAUAUUCAAAAUCUGAAGUUUAUGCCUUUGCUGACAAAAUUAGGAUGUUAAUAGAACAGUAUGUUGACACACUUGUACCCAAAAGCUGACUGUGAACACACCUUAUCAUAUAUUCUUGUAUGCAUAGUUUAAUUUAAUCUUCAAAGAUGACAUUUAUCAGUGAAACGUAUCAUAUCUAUCCCCUAGUCAAUGGAAUUGAUGCAUUUCUAUACAAAAUAAAUGUAUGUAUUCAGUAACAAUAUUCUACUUUUAUACAGUUCAUAAUAUUUUAUAUGUAAUUUUUGUAAUUUAUACAGUAUUUGGAUGACACAUGUAAUGUGUGAUUAUAUAAUAUAUAUUGAUACAGUGAGAACUUCUUUUCAUAGUGUAUCAUAAAGUUUUGUAAUAUAUUAAUUUAUAUUGGAUUUAUUUUAUAAUGCAAACACUGUAAAGGAACCAGAUAUUCUUGCAGUAUUUAUAAUUGAUUUGAAGGCCAUGUCCAAAAGCUCAGAGUAUGUGUAUUUCUACCUUAUAUUAUCCAACUUUCAGAUUUUGGUUCAUCAUUGCUACCAUCAGAAGUUAUACAUCCUUAUGACAUGGUGUAAAGAUGUGGUAGUUUGAUGGUCAAAUGUUUGGCUUUUCCAUUUAUUAUUUAUGGGUAUUGGUGUGCGUGGUGGAGGUCAAAAACAUUUAUUAUUUUGAACUUCUGUUUAUUUUUCUCCAGGUGCAGCAUUCUUCCUGAAUGAAAAAAUAAUAUAUUUUUGGGGGUUUAUUUCAUAUACCUUUCUUCCUUUAGUAUUUAUGACAUCCUUUUUAUCUCCAUCAUCCAGAAAAGUCACAGAAUUGGUAUAACUUUAACAAACUAUUUAUUACUUCAGUUUUCAGGUAAUUUAAGCAGAAUAUAGAUGCUUGUUGGGGUCAUUUGAACUGUGAGUGGUCUGGCCGUUACAUGAAAGAGCAUCUGGAUUUGGCCUAAGAAUCGUUUCCAGUUGAAAUGUCGCAGAAUCAUUACUUUAUUAUUAAUUCUUAGUUAUCUGAUUAUCAUCUGGCAUCUGUCAGAUAAAGUAUAUGCAAGUAAUUAUAUACUGAAAAGUAUUAUUUUCACAGAGCAGAUACAGUAUUAUAGAAUGGUUGUUUGAUAUCUUUUAUAUAUCUGAAAUCCUUGUUAUCCAUUAAAGACAGAAUUAGCGAUAUCAAAAUGAGUUUAUAGCAUAGAAGACGAACUUAUUGUAUGUGGUUCUCUGCAAAUCAAUACAUUUGAAUUGUAUUUGAAUAAAAUGAUUGCUUAUUGAA